AUGGUGCGCCGUGUGCACCCGUCUGCUCCGCCGGUCGAGCUGUACUCGAGCGAUUUCCACCAUCAUCCACCAUCGAAUCACCGUCCCGAUCACCAUUUCCCGAAUCCUGGACCUCACUCUCCUCCCCCGUCCUACCCGGGAUCGAUUAUGGUCACUCAUGGGCGAACGCAUUUUGUCCAGGACCACGACUCGAUCUACAACGAGAUCAGCGACGGCGAGAAUGACGGAAUCGCGGACGAGCAGGGGAUUAUCCCAGUCAUUACGCCAGAUCGAGCGGCAAGAUUCAACCCAAAAACGAUAAACCCAAAGAAACGGCAUAAACGAAGAAAAUCGAAUCCGAUGUACUACACGAAAAGGGGCUGCACCGAUGUGGCCUGCUGUUUCCUCUUCACGCUUUUCAUCGGCGGCUGGGCGUUCAUCGCAGUGUUCGGUUUUAUGUUCGGCAAUCCGGAGCGUCUCAUUCACCCGGUUGACUCGCUAGGCCGACGGUGUGGUUUUAAUCGAAAAGGCGGCUACGAUUUGACUUCAAAGCCGUAUCUCUUCUUCUUCGAUCUCACAACUUGCAUUUCGUACUCAACUCUGCUAGCUGGAUGUCAGACUCCACAAGUUUGCGUCUCGCAAUGUCCGACCGCUGUCUUUUCCUAUCUCGAGCUACAACAAUAUGGCGAUGGAUCGAAUGCUUUUAUUGCGAAUGUACAGCAGAAAAUGAUUUGUCAGGAUACGUUUGACAAAGCGACCCUUGUUUCUUACAAUUUGGUGAAAGCGGCUGUGAAUAAUGGAAGCUGUGCGAAAUACACAAUUCCGUCAGCACCGGUAUUGGGUCGCUGCUUGCCGCAAUUUUUGAUCGGUGCCGUGAACUCCCUGAACGACCUCCAGUCAGCAAAUGGAAGCCUCUCUCAACUCAUCAAUCAAUUCGGCAAUGACGGUGGCUCAAUUCCAAACGCGACUUUGCUAAACGACACCGGAAAUAUUGUCGGGAAUUUGGUGGGCUCUGAGGGAGUGCUGACAAAAAUCGCGGCCGAUUUGAGCAAUAGCUGGUGGCAAAUUCUCACAAUGAUCAUCGUAGCCGGCGUUCUAGCUUUCUUGUGGACGGUCGUGAUGCGGAUUUUUGGAUCCCUAAUGAUCUGGAGCUCGAUCGGAUUGAUUGUGGCCGGGUUGAGUGUCGGCUGCGGCUACUGUUGGAUCAAGUGGCAAGGUCUACGGAGCUCUGGUGCAACGGACGAUUUCUCUUUUCAACCGAUGUUCAACCUCUACUUCGAGAUGCCAACGACUUGGCUGGUUUUCGCGAUCGGUGGCAGUAUCAUUUUGCUGAUUGUGGUUUUGAUAUUGCUCUGCGUGGCGAGUCGGAUUCGAUUGGGCGUCGCGAUGAUCGAGGAAAGCAGCAAAGCUGUUGCCCACAUGAUGUCUACUCUUCUCUUUCCCCUGUUCCCCUUUAUUCUUCACGUGCUCGUCUUCAUCAUGUGGGGCUCGAUCGCGAUUUGGCUCGCCUCAACAGGUGACGAGAAUUGCCGAAAACAGGGAGCGACCGGGAACGAGACGAUGAACAAUCCGAGUUGUCCGUGUGAAACGCUGGGAGUGGAUCCAACUUGUGUCUACGUGAACGUGACGCGAAAUAACGAGCGAAUCUUCUGGUUUCAAGCCUACAAUUUGUUCGCAUUCUUCUGGCUGACCUGCUUUGUGUCAGCGUUGGGUGACAUCGCGCUCGCCGGCGCCUUCGCAAGCCACUAUUGGGCGGUUGACAAGAACAAGGAUCUCCCGACUUUCCCCGUGUUGAGAGCGCUCUCCUUUGCGAUCAAGUACAAUCUGGGCUCGUUGGCGUUUGGGAGCCUGAUCAUCGCCAUCGUCAAGUUCAUCCGCGUCAUCCUCGACUAUUUAGAUAAAAAAGCGGAAGUCACGCAAAACCAGGCGCUAAAAUGGAUUCUAACCUGUUUGAAGUGCUGUUUUUGGUGUCUCGAGGCAAUUCUCAAAUUUUUGACGAAAAACGCGUACAUUAUGAUGGCGAUAUAUGGGCGAAAUUUUUUCACCUCAGCCAAGGACAGUUUCAUGUUGUUGACGAGGAAUUGUAUCCGAGUCGUUGUCAUCAAUAAAGUCACCUCGUUUCUGCUUUUCAUUGGCAAAGCCACGAUCACGAUUGGGAUGGGUGUGAUCGCUUUUUAUUGGUUUUCGGGGAAAUGGGUGAUCAACGGGAUCCCGCAAGUUCAACUCUAUUACUAUUUCGUGCCGAUUAUCAUCGUUUUGAUUGGAUCGUAUUUCAUCGCUGAUCUCUUCUUCGACGUUUAUGAUAUGGCUGUCGAUACGACUUUCAUUUGCUUCUUGGAGGACAGCGAGCAAAACGACGGCAGCCCCGAAAAGCCUUAUUUCAUGACGCCAAAUUUACUGAAGAUUCUCGGGAAGAAAAACGAGCCGACGAAAGCU